GAGGCGCGCCGGAGGCCUUUUGGACUCUUUCGGCCACCGUAGCCGGGUCCCCUCUCCGUUCCCUCUAUUUAUGCGCCUGCGCGCUGCGGAAACGCCGUCCAUUUCUCCAUCAGCCUGAGAGGACGUCGCGGUUGAACCGUCGAGGAGAAAAACUGCCAUGUCCACUGCUUUGGCAAAACCUCAGAUGCGUGGCCUUCUGGCCAAACGUCUGCGAUUUCAUAUUGUUGGAGCAUUCAUGGUCUCUCUGGGGUUUGCAACUUUCUAUAAGUUUGCUGUAGCUGAAAAAAGAAAGAAGGCAUAUGCAGACUUCUACAGAAAUUAUGAUUCCAUGAAAGAUUUUGAGGAGAUGAGGAAGGCUGGUAUCUUUCAGAGUGCAAAGUGAUUUGGAAUAUAAAGAGUUUCUUCGGGUUGCGUUCCCUGGAAGUUUGUCACUUUCCUGUGUUCCUAAACUAUGAAACUAUGACUAUCUGGGGUGAGAAAUAGUCUCUCAAUAAAUAAACAGUUAACAUACUGUGGACACUUAA